UCGAUCUGGGCUCGAGUCCGCAACAGCAGAGUGCGGCGUCUGCUCCCUGCUCGUCCCCUCGGCGACUUUCCCUUCUCCUCCGCGGCCGUCUCCCGACCCCGGCGACGCCUCCUCCCUCCUGCUCCUCCUCCUCGUCGAUCUCGUCGCGGGUACCAUGGCGAGGUUGGUGUCCACCGCCCUCGUGAAGGGACUCGUGAGGUCGUGCCGCGCAUCCAGCACAGCUGCUGUUGUGUCACGACCAGCUAUCCAGCAGUUUAUGAACUACUCAUCAAGUCUUGGCAGAGCUCCUAAUGCAAAUGGGGAAUCUACAACACGAGUAGCUGCUGAUCCUGAUACACAUCAAGAUUUCCAGCCAACAAGCAAAAGUUCAGGCAUGUCUUUGCACGACAUCGUCGCUCAGGACAUCAAGGAGAAACCAGUCUUGAUCUAUAUGAAGGGUUAUCCUGAUUCUCCAAGGUGUGGGUUCAGUGCACUGGCAGUUAAGGUCCUCCAGCAAUAUGGUGUCCCUAUCAGUGCUAGAGAUAUUCUGUCAGAUCUCAAGCUCAAAGAGAGUGUUAAAGCCCACACUAACUGGCCUACAUUUCCACAAAUAUUUAUCAAAGGAGAGUUUGUUGGGGGAUCCGAUAUCAUACUAAACAUGCACCAGAAGGGUGAACUUAAGGAUCUGCUCAGCGAUAUCGCGCAAAAAGGCGAACAAAAUGGUGGCUCAUGAACAAGCCACACUUUGGAUGCGUAUUUGUGUUCCUUGUUGUUUGAUCUGGUCGUGCCAACCGUGAUGGAAAAUCCCUCAGUGGCUCAAUUCCAGAACUCCAGGAGUAUCCCAUGUUCUCUUCAAUGACAAAUAAACACCACGACACUUCUUUGGUGUGCGCUGUGCUUUCCGCCUGAUAUCGAUCAUUAGUUUCAAGAUGCAUGGGGUGCAUUAGGCUCCUUUCCUUUUGAGCUGAACGAUAGCUGCAACAGCAAACGAUGAGGCUAUGCCAUACUCAUAUGUGAUACUGUUCUCUACCAGUUAAUUUUGCUUGUGUUCUUAA